AUGCCAACAGACGGUUUGUCCGCGGCCAGUGCUGCCGUGCGCGACAAUGGCGCCGUCAGGGUAACUACAGAGUCCAGGACCGACCUCAUCCCCCGGCACGAAAAAGAGAGAAUGAGGCGCUUGCGCGAGGCCAAAAAGGCCUAUGGCCGCGGCAAGCACAUCGACACCAACAAUAUCCGCGACAAGAAGCUGCGAGGAAACAUGAAGCUGCUCGAAGGAAAAUACCUAGAGGCGACCGUCAAGGCCAAGGAUGCCGAGAUUCUGCUCGAAAACACUUCGGGCUUCCUCGAGGCUGAAGGCGACAUGGAAAAGACGUACAAGGUCCGCCAAGAAGAUAUCCUGCCGGAAGUUGCAAUGGAAACGGCCACGAAGCGUUUCGAGCUCAAACUGGAUGCGCUGGGUCCCUACGUAUUUGACUACACGAGGAAUGGUAGAGAAUUGCUCCUUGGUGGACGAAAGGGUCACAUUGCGAGCAUGGACUGGCGCGAAGGAAAGCUCGGCUGCGAGAUUCAGCUUCGCGAAACCGUGCGAGAUGUCAAGUGGCUGCACAACGAUCAAUUCUUUGCAGCUGCGCAAAAGAAAUUCGUUUACAUAUACGACCGCGACGGAGUCGAACUGCACUGCCUGCGCAAGCAUAUCGAGCCAACACAUAUGGAAUUUCUGCCCUACCAUUUCCUUUUGGCCACUAUUGGAAACGGCGGCGUUAUGCGAUACCAAGACACAUCUACCGGCCAACUUGUAGCGGAAAUUCCGACCAAACUCGGACAGCCCGUCUCGCUAGGCCAAAACCGUUACAAUGCGAUCAUGCACGUCGGACAUCAAAAUGGUGCAGUCACAUUAUGGUCGCCCAACUCACAAGAGCCGCUGGUCAAGCUGCUCGCCCACCGGGGUCCAGUGCGCUCGCUGGCCAUUGAUAGAGUCGGCCGUUACAUGGUAUCAACAGGACAGGAUCAAAGAAUGGCAGUGUGGGACAUACGAAUGUUCAAAGAGGUCAACAGCUACUUCACCAGACAACCAGCCUCGUCGGUAGCAAUCUCCGACAGCGGCCUGACCGCCGUGGGCUGGGGCACCAAGACGACGAUAUGGAAGGGCUUGUUUGACAGCAACGCCGCCGUGCAACAAAAAGUACAAAGCCCGUACAUGGCCUGGGUCGGCGAGGGCCGACGCGUCGAGCGCGUCCAGUGGUGCCCGUACGAGGACGUGCUCGGCCUCGGCCACGACCAGGGCUUCUCGUCCAUCAUCGUGCCCGGCGCCGGCGAGGCCAACUUUGACGCCCUCGAGACCAACCCGUUCGAGACCAAGAAGCAGCGCCAAGAGUCCGAGGUCAAGGGCCUGCUCAACAAGCUGGCGCCCGAGAUGAUUGCCCUCGACCCCAACUUUGUCGGGAAGCUCGACCUGCGCUCCGACGCCCAGCGCAAGGCCGACAGAGACCUCGACAAGCCCGAUGUCGACGUGGCCGAGGAGAUUCGCAACCGGGCCCGCGGCAAGAAUGGCGCGCUCAAGAAAUACCUGCGCAAGCAGAGGAAGAAGAACAUCAUCGACGAGAAGAGGAUGCGCGUCGACGAGUUGUGGAACGAGCAGCAAAAGCAAAAGGACAAGAAGCGACAGGAGGUGGAACAGGAUCUCGGCCCGGCGCUGGCUCGCUUCGCCCGCAAGGAAUGA